AUGUGAGGAGUAGCAGCUACUUUUCAAGUAUCUGCUCAAAAAUUCAAUUUCCAGCUGAAAAGAUACAAUAUCCAAGGCAAAGGGGCUUGGUACAUUGCAGGAACGAGGGAUAGAAGUAGAUAGAUACAAAUUGGAAAUAGGUAGAAAACAGUCAUUGAAAAACGAUUGCUGACAUGACAUGAUUCUGGCAUGCUCCUCUACACAUACAUAGAUGGAAUGGAGUGAAGUGUAUGUGGAGUAUGGAGCAUGGAGCAGAGAUGUCUAUAGGAAUAGGUAGUAGAAUGAGCGGCAGUCAGCAGGAUUACCACCAAAAAUAGAAGACCUGGCUUAGCAUAGAUAAACUGUGCAUGUGUGUCUGUGUGUGUGAGAAAGGGGCAGAGAGACUACUUGGAAGCAUUAAUCAUUAACAAAUCGCCAAAAAAAAAAACAACAGAAAAUAUCAAUGUAUAGAGGAAAAACCUUAGAAACUCUUUGCAAUUGCAUAAUAUUUCACUCAAGUGAAAUGUUUUUUUUUUUUCUCUUUAACUUUGUGAAUCUUCACUUUCCACUGACAGCACAAUUAAGCUUGGAAUAUACUCGCUAUCAUUUACCAUGUUGCAAGCAAAGCUACUGCGGCAAUAGACAAGCGACAAACGGAAGUCAAAGGAUUGUAGUGACCUCCCCUCCCCAUCAACACCCAAAAUCUAAAUCCUUAAACCAACCAAUACCAAAACCAUUUUGAAAUCGAAGACGAGUAGGAAAGAUGCCAUCCAUAGCGAACAUCAGUAGUAACUUCCUGCCAUUGCCAUUGACGCUGCCACCAGCCUCGAACGAUGUGCGACUGAGUUACGUUGUAAAUCAAGUUGCAUCCUCCGCAUCGUCAAGCUCCUCCUCAUCUGCCACAUCCUCAGUAUCAUCCGCAUCCGCAUCCGCAUCGUCGUCAAUAUCAUCAUUAUUAUCAUCCUCUGCAUCCUCAUUGCCUGCAUUCAGUCCACCAAGGAUUGAGAGUUUGGUGGCCAGUUCAGCGGAGGAUUUGAGCAGCUUUGGCGGUGAUGUGACAUUCGACAUCUUCGAUGACGAUGACGAUUUGUUUGGCUCACCCAUGGCCUUUGAUGCCAGCGAGCAGGGUCUAUGGAAUGGACGUUUUGUGCCCCCGCCACCGCGACCGCCAUUCUUUGUGGAUGAGCCAAUGCCCGUAAGCGAUGGCCUUACCACAUGUGAUUUAUGCUCCUGGGCCAUGCCCACCAAGAGCACAUUUAUGUUUGAGGGCACAAUAGCAGAAAAGGCCACGGAACUGGGCUGGCCACUGACGUUGAUCAUUGUCUCGGUGUUGUCGGCGCUGCUAGGCGCCAUCAUCAUGAUUGCCGUUGUGCGCUGUCGGCGCAAAAAGUCCUCCAACAAUCGAAAUGACACGCACGUGCAAUGGUGGUCUCGCAACAAACGCGCCCACGGCCAUGGUGGCAGCGGUAUUGUCGGCGGUGCUGGUGGAGUCGGUGCGGGUGUAUUGGGUGGAAGUAGCUCAGCGAUUGCUGGCAGCAGUGCCCACAACAACAAUAACACCAGCAGCAACAACAAUCAUCUGAGACGCAGCAACAUAUACACGGCACACCCGGCGGAUAGUAUACGUGGAUUGCAACCGCUACCGCUGCCUAUGCCCAUGUCUAUGCCACUACCUAUGCCAAUGCCGAUGCAAUUGCCAUUGCCACCAACAACUCAACCCACGCUAGGGGGCAGUAGCAGCAUGUCCAUGGCGGCCAUGCCGCCAUCAGCAGCAACAUCAACAGCAGCAGCAGCAGUAGAAGCAAUGGUAGCCAGCGCGCCGCCAAGCAGCAGCAGCAGCAGCGGCGGCGGCAGCAACAGCUAUUUCCAUCCAUAUCAUCAUGCACAUCAUCAUUCACAUCCACAUGCGCAUGGACAUGUCCAUGGACAUGGUCAUCCCCACCAGCAUCAUCACCAACAUCAGCAUCAGCAUCAACAUCAUCAUCAUCAACAACAGCAACAGCAACAGCAGCAGCAGCAGCAGCAACAUAUGCCUCUCUACCCGCAUGACUGUGAUGAUAUUGAUGUUGCCUGUGCCGCUGAUGAUGAGGAUGCCGCCUACGAAGAGCCCGAAUAUCAUCAGCCCCAGCAACUGCGUCCACAUAGCAGCUCCUCCAUGUCAUCGGUCACGUCUUCGCCUUCGCCUUCGCCCGUGCCCACAGCAGACACGGUUGCAUGCCGUUGGCCUCAGGCCUCCACUAGUGCCAUGGUGAUAGCCAGCUGAGAUUCGGCCGACAGCUGCUCCUGGCGGCAGCAGCAGAGCGACGGCGGCGGCGGCGUCGGCGGCAGUACUAGUAACUGGAUCUGGCAGUGACAUGUUGCUGGCAGCAUUGUUGCAGCAACAUUGCAGCCUACUUUAAAUGCGGCACACAAAUUCGAGCGCAGAUCAUAAAAUGGAUUACAUGUAACAAUUUUGUGAAGUUUAUUUUGUGCCACCAGCUUAAAAAGCAAAAGCAACAACAACAAAAAUGUAGCAAGUCCAUAAGC